AGCAGAAGCUUUCGGAUGUCUGCGGGAAGCCGGGAACUGUCAGUGCUGGGCUCAGAACAGGUGAAGGCAAUAGCAUCGCUUCAGUUUCACUGCUGCUUUCGUGUCGCUGGGACUGUCACCAUGAAGCUGAUACCCUUUCAUGUCGGGGGAACCUCCUUCAUCCUGGCCGUCCUCUUGGUGCUGCAUUACUGUCACAUAGCCAGCAUUCUUGGCCACAAGUCUGGAGGAGAUUUAAUCGUGGUGGAAAACACAGAACAUGAGACUGUAAACGGUGAAGAGGAAGAUGUGGCAGUAGAUGAUGUGGAAGAUGAUGAAGGAGAUUUAGACGUUGUCCAGCCCAGUGAGCAGUGGCAGACACUUAAACCAGGUCAGGCAGUGCCACAAGGUUCUCAUGUGAGGCUGAAUCUGCAAACAGGUGAGAGGGAGGUCAGACUGGGAGAAGAGCAGCUGAAAUAUUGGACAGAGGAGCACAGGGAGGAAGAAGAGCUCCGGUCUUCCUUUAAUCCCGAUGAGCUGAAACGAGCCAUGAAGAAGAUAAAAGAGGACUGGAAGCUUGCAAGCAAGGACACAGAGCAGAAGGACUCUGUGGCUUCUAAGUUUCGCACAAUGGAGGAGUUGAAGAAAGACAUGGCUCAGCUGGACCUGCUGCUGGAGACGGAUGUUCAGAUAAUGAGGCGUCUGCUGGAGCAGUUCAACAGCAGCAACUCAACUACCGAACAAAGACUGAGCAUCCUGACGGAGCUCGAAUAUCUGGUGCAUCAGGUGGAUAAUGCUCAGACUCUGUGCUCCAUGGGGGGCCUCCAGUUCAUUUUAGAAGGUCUGAACAGCUCUGACUUCAGAUUACAGGAAAGCUCUGCUUUUGUCCUGGGCUCUGCAUUAGCCAGUAAUCCAGCAGUUCAAGUUGAAGCCGUGGAGAAUGGCGCUCUGCAGACACUGUUAACCACGCUGGCCACUGCUCAGCAAGUCAGAGUCAAAAAAAAGGUUCUAUUUGCAGUGGCUUCCCUCUUGCGUCACUUCCCCUAUGCACAGCGUCACUUCCUGACACAUGGGGGUCUGCAGGUCCUGUCAGAGCUGUUCAGGACUGACAACAGUGGAAUUCUGCGUACACGCAUCGUCACCAUGUUAUAUGAUAUGAUUACUGAGAAGGAGCUGAUUUUCCAGGGAGGUCUGGACCCAGUACUGGACGCGUCUCAUGAUGAGCGGCGGCGUCAGUACUCUAAAGUGUCUUUGCAGGAGGAGCUGUUGGAGAAGGGCUGGUGCACUCUGGUCCCACAGCUCCUGGAGUCUUCAGAGAAUGACUACAGAGAGAAGGCUCUCCAGGCUUUGUUGGCAAUGGCUCCAGUGUGUUUGGAUCAGUACCGCUCAGAUGGCUCUCUGCAGGCUUCUCUUCACUCUCUGAAGCAAGAGUACCAGGAAAUGAUCCAGUCAGAAAUAAUUCUAGGAGAAGAGAACAGCUACUUUGAGGAGAUUGUAGAACUCAUAGAUGCACUGCAAUUCGAAAUGAAAUGAUCAGAGGACAGCACUUUGACAUUUCAUGUGAACACGGCAUUCAUUGAGGAGCUGGCACUUUUACUCUGUUGGGGUGAGACAGUCAAUCGCAGAGCAGUGGACAAAGAGCACCACAAGGAACACAAUUUUGAGGACAUAACGAGUGAACUGGCCCUGAGGAAGACAGAUCUGCGAUUAGUCAGCAUGAACACAACCAACAAAUACUUCAUGUGUUGCCUAAAAAUGUUCUCCACACUUCUGAAGCUGUUCGUAUGGCCUCUCUGAGAGGUCACAUCGAGAAUGUUUUUGUGGACGAUUUUACCAUCAAUAACGUUGCUUUUCUUCUAAUCACUGUGGUGAAUGGGUAGGGUGGUGUAGUCCAGGUAUGUGUUCCAGAUGCUAUAGAUGAUGUGCACAUACUGACUGCACCCACACCGCUAAUCCCAAAGAACAGUGAUCCGUGUUGCUGUAUGAAUUCUCUUCUGGUUGCCGUCACAAGUGAAUGUGUAACAGUAGGAAUUGAUUCACAGUGACGGUGGCAUGGUGAUGGCCAUGUAGUCCCGCUGCACGUUUGAUAGGAAGCAAGAGUUGGGUCAUGUGCUUUGAAGCAUCUUCACUUUGCCACAAUGUAACUGGCUUCACUUACUCUAACAUUAGACAUCAGGUUAGGUUAAGUGCGCGUGUUAUGGGUGUUAUUAAGUCAGAGUUUCAUGCAGAAGGCAGCGUUGGCAACGUCUGACUGAUCACAGACCCUGGAUAUGUUUACUGGCAGCAGAGCGACGCAUUUUAUGAAGACCGUCAAGAAACGCAACAGCUGCAGCCACAGCUGAAGUAUCUGAAUGUGGAAUAGAGUGCUAUACAUUACAGUAUUAAACAACAGUGUAUGAUUGCAUGUUUAAGGUUAACCCUUAAGUUGCUGUGCUUAGCCCCAGAUCCCCUUCUGUAUGCCUCAUGAAAACCAGCUCUUUGAGUUUUCUUUGGAAACGUGAGGGGACUGAUAAGUAUGUAAAGUUGAAAAUGAAAUUGUAAAAAUUUAUUUUCAAAAUAGGUUUUUGUGUUACUUGAGUACAUGCUAAAGUGAAAAUGCGUUAGUCCAAAUUCCAUUUUCAAACAGACUUUGUGACUACAUGGGAAUGUAAAAACUGUUUGACAUUUAAUUUUAAAGUCAUGCCACUCUGUACGGUGGACAGUGUAAAUGAUACUGUAACACGAACGAGUGUUGUUGGUGACAGACACCUGGCAAAGCAUUGUCUGCUUUGCCAGGUGUAGCAGUCCACUUCCAGCUCCUCUCUCUCCUCUAGGUCCCGAUCUGAACCCACUGCACCACCCUUUCCCUGCAGCAGAGCCACAGACCACACCCCACCACAAUUACUGUUUAUGUAACUUAGGCAACCUGACUUUCCAUGUUCAAAACCAAUAUUCACAUCCAAUGGAAACACGAUUUUCAUCAGUUUUAAAAUAAAAAAACAGGAUUGUAUUUGAAAUUUUAUUUUCUAAGACUAAUAUGUUCUGCUCUAUAGGUUACAGGAAAUUUAAGCGUUAUAGUCUGGUAAUACUGCAACUAACAAGAAUGUGCUGCAAGUUGCAGUCAGAUUUGGAUAGAUUUAGCUCUUUUGGGGGUGUGGUUGAUUUUGUAGUAAUAUUUUCACUCUGGACUGAUAACUUCAAAAUAUUCAUGUGCUUAUUUAUUUGAAAAGGAUGGUGUUCUGUUGAUGUAUGUUCAAGAAAAUAACUUAUAACCCCACAAUUUAAAAAAAAAAAAAAAAAAAAAAAAAAGUGUUUCCA